UAAUCUACACGUUGGAAGGGUCAGAUCGUUCUACCGAGGUUAACUCGGAAUUCGUGGCUCGAGAGUUAACACGUUGGAAGUAGCCACGUUGGCCUGAGACGUACGCAUGACCAACACCGUUCGAAUCAACCAAUCGUCAUCCACGUGUCUGCUCGUCGCUUAUCUUCCCGCCAAACACGAGUGCUUUUUUUCAGUAAACGAUCAUCUGGUUUUCAGUCUAUACACACUCUCGUGGAUUUCGAUCGUUUUGUGAGAUCAUCAGUUUAGACGCAUGAUCAAUUUCCCUGGUCGAAAGUGUUUUAGGAUCGCUAUAGUUUUUAGUUGAAACCAAAAUUUCAGGUGUUCCAAGUACAUCACCGAGGUGUUAUCCGAGCAGUGAUGUGGGGGAUGAUGUUUGCGAGUGGCCUUCAGCUCGUUGCUUCCGCAAACGCGGACAAAGCAGCCGGCGUGGCACCGGAAGAAGCUUCCCAAGGGAUUCCGAACUUGGAAGGGGAACUUCCUUCACCAGAACAACUUCUUGAAAUGCUUGAUUCGUUGGCUGGUAUAUCGGACGAAGAAAAAGCCACGCUCAAGGAGGAAUUACUGAAAAAUAUACAAGAUGUGGCUGGGGCUGGGGCUGGGAUGUCUCCCACAGGAAAUGACAUGACAAUGCAGACCAUGGUCCUUCUUUCUUUGCUGGCUUUAGUUGCUCUAAUCUUUGUGUUCUUCGUUUACAAAUUAUUCAAGUGUCUGUCCGAGAGGCAAAUCAAACGGGAGGAGAAGAAGAAGAUCAAACAGAUGAAGAAGAAAAAGUAACCACGAAGACUGUCGUAAAUUCGUGAUCGUGUUAUUGCGUUAAAAAGCGUCAUCUUUACAUUUUAUUACGACUUAUUCUAUUUUUUUGUUAAAUGAAAUAAUAUAUUUCCGAGUAAAACGCUA